AUGCCCAAUAUCGGAGACCUGUUCACACCACUAGAUGAGCUUAUGGUAACCGAACCGUCAUAUUUUAGUAGUGGCCCCGUCAUGCUGUCUACCACCGCAGGGUCUUUUAGUCAGAAGACUCCAGUUAUGGCGCUUGAUGAAGGAUCUCGUCGUGUGUAUGGUGUUGCCCCGGAAUAUCAACUGAUUUGCGAGGUACCGAACUUUGGUUUCACUUGUCAAUUAUCUGGUAAUUCCGUGACGUGCAAAGCCAAAACAAAGAAAGCUGCAAAACACCUGGCUGCUCGAGCGAUGCUACAUGAAAUCAUCAAAAAAGGUCGACACAUCGAAUUCGGAAUUCCUGGUGCAACGAAGGAAGAAGCUCACCAGGCCGUUGACGCUCUUCCUUUCGGAGAUUCUCGCAAUGAGCCAUGCGAAGAAGAGAUGUCCUCUCCUGCUAGUCAAAACGAGAAUUACUCUGGCAAACUUUUGCAACUAUGCCAGAGAAAAAGCUUUGAUCUGCCGCAGUACUCUUUCAUCGAAGAAGGUCCUCCGAACGAUAGAAUUUACACGACGAUAUGCAAGGUUGUCGGACAAGAAGUGAAAGGUGUGGCUAAGCAAAAAAAGACUUCUAAAAACCUAGCUUCUCAGAAGAUGCUUGAGAUUCUAAUGAAAUGUGUUGCUGACAUGAAUGAAGAACCGGACUUAGACAAAGUGCCCGAUGACGAUGUGCUGUGUGCGACCAACAACUAUGAACUCAGUACACCCCUCGCCGUGAAUUCUGUCGCAUCUGUUGAGGAAUUAUUGUCAGAUACAAAGAAGUUUGACGCUCCAACUCAGGAAUACCGUAUCCUUGAGAACAAAUCAGCUUUUGGACUUACUCAGUGUUUGCUGAAAAUAGUGUUCGCGAAACCUGGUGAACAACAGCGAACGCCUUAUAUAUUUCCUGGAGAGCAUUCAACAGUGGAAGGAGCAAAGCAAGAGGCAGCUCAACGUGCAAUUCUUUUUCUGACUUCAUGA